AUGGCUAUGAACCCACCAGAUAGCCUUAAGCAAACCACUCUUUCCCAUCAGCAAUACAGAGUGCCUGAUUAUGAGUGUGAGAAACCCGCAGCAGUCCAUACUGCUUUCCACAGAAUCCUUGCAGAACUCAAUAAGCCCAGCACCAACUAUGAGCUGAGCUUCGCCAACCGGCUCUAUGGAGACCAGUCCAUUGCUUUCCUUCAGAAAUUCCUGUACUGUGCUCUGAAACUGUACUUGACCGAGGUGUAUGGAGCUGACAUUCACAAUGCCCCAGAAGAAGUCCGGAGGCUGAUAAACCUUUGGGUUGAAGUCCAGACACAUGGUAAAAUCCAGGAUCUUCUCCCGAAGAACAGCUUUGAUUGUCUUGCUCAACUUCUGCACGUGAACGCUCUCUACUUUAAAGGGCAAUGGGAUGUGAAAUUUGACAAAGAACUCACCAAAGUAGAUAGAUUCUACUUGACUGAGGACGUCUGCACAAAUGUGCAGCUGAUGUACCGGAAGGGCCAGUAUAAUAUCGGCACAAUUGAGGGAUGUGAUGUGCAGGUGCUUGAGAUUCCCUACAGAAACAAUGAGCUGAGUUUGUUCAUAUUGCUGCCCAGAGACUGUGACCCCGAAUCUCUUCAACAGCUGGAAGACGGACUUAGCUACGACCAACUGCUCAACUGGUCCUGCAUUCUGAAGCCAGAAGAAGUUGAAGUGGUUAUCCCUAAGUUCAGAGUAGAAAAGAGCGUCGAAGUUAAUGCAUACCUAGACCUGUCACCUCUGACUGAUCCCGAGAAAGCAGAUUUAUCCAGCGCAACCACAACAGAAGGUGUGGCUCUGACUCAGCUUGUCCACGAUACUUUUAUCGAGAUUGACGAGGAGGGCGGUGAAGAAGCAGAGGCCCCCAUUUGCCCAGGGGAUAGGCGUCCACGUCAGGAACCAAAGGCAUUUCUGGCGAACCACCCUUUCUUGUAUUUUGUCCUGCACAAAGGCACCCAAAGCCUUAUUGCCCUUGGCAAAUUUGCUAGACCAGAAUAAGUAGCACUCUAGUGGCUGGAAAUAAAACUGAGAUAAGCAUAACACAGCUACAGUACAGUGAGAGGUAGACAACAUGAGACAUUUGGUGCCAGGAAUUUCU